UACAGAAAUUAAAAUUAAAAAUUAAAAAAAGUGUUUUUUCCGUGCGAUUUUCUUUGCAUUACGAUCUCAAUAAUAAUGGAGAUCUGCCGAUUGUGCAUGGAGGACACUACUUUGGAUCGGUUUAGCGAUCUUGAUGAUGAAAAUAUUUAUGACAAAAUCUACGACUGUCUAAAAAUUGAGGUGAAUCCGGACGAUCAAAUUUUACCUUCUACCAUAUGCUGGAGCUGUGCCAAAAUGGUUCGUAAAUUUUACCGCUUUCGUCGCGAAUGUUGGAAGACUCAGAGGUUGCUGUUGAUCCAACUUAGAAGAGAGCAGUCCGUAAAGAUAUCAAAUAUUUCUAAACCACUUCCACUUUCUCUACGCGAUGGAAGAAGUACAAUGGCGGAGAUAAUGAGGCAACGAUGUUUGGCACUACCGAAGAGAGCGAAACAAGAAAUGAUGAUUGAGAUUAAGGAAAUAAGUCCUCCGCCUUCGCCCACAUUACCCAUUAAACCACUGGAAGCGGCACAACAAUAUCGAAAAGAGAUGCUGGAAGAAGGAGAUGUUGACAGUGAGAUUAACGAACAAGAAGAUAUAUCAAUAUCACGGGGUGAAGAGCUCAGUAUGUGGCACGAAGACGAACCAACGUUAAUCGCGUCGGCGUGCCAACAAUCCGACUGCGAAACUCAAAAUGUGUCUCCAAUCCCUGAAUCCGAAGGCUCCGAAAUAGUAGAUGAUUCUGAGAAAUGCGAUUUAGGAAUGGAAGAUAUUGAAAUUCCUGAAGAUGUGCCACUGAAAACAAGCGAGCAAGAGAACUACGGAAACACACACCCAGAUACAACGGUGAAUCACGAAAACCUGCUCCCUGAUACAAAAGUACCGGACAAACACGAAAAAAUGCUUCUUGAUACAACGGCGAUGGAAAACCUCGAAAACAUGCAGCCUGUACAGAUGGAAAAAGAAUGCGACGAAACCCUUCUUCAAGAUAAUUUUGACGUAGAAAAAGAAGUCAAUUUACGCAUUGAAGCUUCUACUGCAUUUCCUGAAUACGAAGAGGAAUAUUUGGAGUCGGACACUUGCGAUUAUGACUCUGCGGCUGCGAAAGAAGAGAUAAUGAAUCAAUCUGAGGAGGCUGUACCUACACGUGGUAAAGCAAUGACUGGAAAAGCAUUAUAUCAGUCCUUGCUCAUGAAAUGCACUAUUUGUGAUAAGGAAAUCGAACGCAACAGAAUGGAAGGACAUAUUAACAAGCAUAAAGGGAUUCGACCAUACCAGUGCGGAACGGAUGGUUGUACUGCCGCCUUUCAUUGUAAGCACGCUCGUCGACUUCAUAUUCGUUGCCGACAUGGAAACGAUACCUUUCCAUGCGACAUCUGCGGCAAAGUUUACAAGGCAAGGCGAGAUUUGCUAGGACACAAAAGAGAAACUCAUGGCGAGCCAAAGUUUGAGUGCGACAUUUGCCAUAAAAAGUUUACAACAAGAUCACGCUUGAAACAGCAUCGUAACUAUCACGUUGGCGAGCGACACCACGCUUGUCCGGUAUGUCCCUCGAGGUUCUUUAACAAGUUCCAAUUGCGUGUGCACGCAAGAGUACACACGGGAGCAAAACCGUUUGCCUGUCGAAUCUGUUCCAAAUACUUCACUUAUCGUCACUUGGCAAAGGAACACAUUGUUCGUCAUCAUGGAAUUCAUCAAUCACUCGAUAAAGAAUGGAUUAUAGAGUAUCCUGAAGAGGAAUUGAAAAAUGAACCCGAGACCAAAGCCAAUUGAAAGCAUAUGAUAGCAUAUGGUGACACGAAUCUUAGGUAAAUUACUUUUAAUUUCUUCAAGCAGCAUUUAUAGUUGCGCGUCUUACUUUUUAGUUUACUUACAGUAUGAAAUAAAAAAUACCAUUUAUAAUAACGGGUUUGUUCUAGCAUAACCCAGGUUGCACCGGCCAGGCGCAUGAGUGAAGUAUAUUUUUAAAU